GUUGUGUGCUACGUUCUUUUUCUCGUGUGAGCUUUGAUUUGUUGAUUCUCGUGUGUUGGAGCUAAAUUCAGAUGGCGGAGAUUUACGAGGAAGGAGAUGAAUCAAUGGAUGUGAAUAAUGAAGCAGAAGUGAAAUCUGAGGUGGGAAAAGAGGGAGGAGAUGAGAAUGUUUUGCAGUUUCUAGAUUCGUUGGAUGGCUAUUUAACUCUUAUGGAUUCUCUGAAUUCUAAGCUUCGAGAGGGAUGGUUUGAUCUAGCUAGUGCUCGACAUUCUAUGGGAACUUUACGUAUCAACAGUACUCUCUUAGACCUUAAGUAUCAUCCCGCUGUUUCAACAUUGCAAGUUUCAGACCAAGAUGUUGAAUCUUUGGGAUCAGUACCUCAUUUUUCUUUGUCCAAGUGGGCUUCCAAGGGCGGUAGCGGAAAAGGCAAAGACUUGUCUACUGAUACAGAUUCGGAGAUAGGCUCACCUCUCAGCCCACAGCUACGGCAUCGAGGAGUUUCUGAAGAGAAACCAUCAGCCAAGGAUGAAACCAUUUUAGUAGCUGCUGAAGAGAUUAAGAAAGAAAGAGCGAAAUCUCUGUCAGUAUUUGGAGGCUUAGUCUCGCCUAAGCUACGCGGCGCUCAACUUUCAUUUGAGACAGCUCUUGAAACUCUUGUGGAAAUAGCCAACAUGCGUGCAUCGAUGCUAUCUGCCUUUGAGCGAAUCACAGAGAAGUGAAGUUCCUAAGUUACGACUGACCCUGAAAUGUGCUCAAUGGAUUCAGUGGAAGCAGAAUGGAGCCAACCUCAAACACUGAGGUUACGUUGAUAAUGGCAAUUUGAUGAUGCGAAAAUCAUAUCUUCUUCGAGUCAGAGGGAUGUACCAAUGCAUUAGCUCGAUUUUCAAUUUUGUAGCUACCACUUUCAGUGUAAAACACAGUAUCUGUUUCGGUCUGGUUAAAUGUCACCAGAAUUUCUUACGGACCUUGAGCUAAGGAUAGAUCAAAAUAAUAAAACAUUUUGGAGAAGAGAAUCAGUAAAAUGGAGAAAAAUAAAAUCAUUUCAUUGUC